UAGAAUAUUUAAUUCCUUCUAUUUAUUGUAGCUUUUUAAAAUAUCCAUAUUGUCUACACUUUUUUGUUUGUAAGCAUCUGGACCCACGGAAGGCGGGUCUUACGACUUCCCUAAUUUGAUCAUCAACACACAAAUGUAUUAUUCAGUAAUUUUAAAGAAAGAACGCACGUUGAGUUGAGAGAAUAGGUUGAGAUAUGAGAAAUGAGUUCGGAGAGAAUUUUGGACUAUUGUUAGCCUACAUUAAAUUCCUCAAUCACUUCUCAUUUAAGUUUUAAAUUACACGUGGCCAAACUUUGCCCUUCUAUAAAACCUUUCUCAUCGAAUAUAUGCCCCGUUUGAACGCAGCGGUAGGUCUUUGUUGUCCAUCGGUAACUGCUAGCUAAAACAACUCCUCGGAGUCGGAAGUUGGAGCUGUUUACACCUGCCGCUGCUUGAAUUGUUCAAUGAAAGUGUAUCUCCAAGUAAGACCACUUGCACUCAUGCGUGAGGUUUACUUUACGCAGGCACACGCAUCGAAUCACUGUACGAUGCGUUUGACAAUAUUAUGACACCGCUGUCAGGUCUGUGCACGCUCGUUGUAACAUUUAGAAACUGUUAGCGUCGAUGGCCAAACAUGCGCUGCGUUCAUCGGGGGGACACAUGUGGAGAUCUCUGGCCUGUGCCAAGUCGGAACUGCGUCUGGAGCUCACGCUUGCCUGUGGACAAUCUUUCCGCUGGAGAGAAUCCGGAGAGGGCCACUGGACCGGGGUGUUGGGAGGACGAGUGUGGACUCUGACCCAGACAGAUGACACGCUGUGGUACCACGUUUAUAAGAACCGAGAGGGACAGACGUGUGGACCUGCUGGGACUUCUUCCCCAGGGGUGAAGACGUCAGAGACGAGAACCAAAGGGGCCGUGAAGGAGGUGGACGAGUUAGUGGCUGUGGCAUCAGUGAAGGACGCCGAGGAGGAAGAGGAGAUGCUGAGGGACUACUUCCAGCUGAACGUGAAGCUGGAGGAGCUGUAUGCAGACUGGCGAGCAGCAGACCCCCACUUCAAGCACAUUGCAGACAUCUUCACAGGUGUGCGAAUGCUGCGCCAGGACCCCACCGAGUGCCUGUUCUCCUUCAUUUGCACGUCCAACAACCACAUCUCUCGUAUCCAGGGCAUGGUGGACAGACUGUGCCAGGCUCUGGGGGCCCCACUGUGCCAGCUGGAUCAAACCUCUUACCACGAUUUUCCUGCCCUGGCGGCGCUUGCAGACAGCAGCGUUGAGGCGCGUCUCAGGGAUCUCGGUUUUGGAUACAGGGCUCGGUUCCUGCAGCAGAGUGCCAAGCAGAUUUUGGACACCCAUGGGCUCCAGUGGCUCAAAGGUCUACGCAGUGUCCCAUAUCUGCAGGCCCGUGAUGCCCUGCGCACUCUUCCUGGUGUGGGCAACAAGGUGGCAGACUGUGUGUGUCUGAUGUCCCUUGAUAAGGCAGAGGCCGUGCCAGUUGACACACACGUGUGGCAGAUUGCUAAGCGUGACUACAAAUAUGCUACUGGCAACAGACAGAAGAGCAUCACUGAUAAACUUCACAGAGAUAUUGGGGAUUUUUUUAGAAAACUGUGGGGUCCCUUUGCUGGUUGGACACAGUCGGUCUUGUUCUGUGCUGACCUGAAGAAGUUCCAAAAGCUAAAAGAAAUGCCACGCCUGGUGCAGCCAAAGAAGGAGGAAGAGGACGAAGAAGAAACGAGGAUAGCGUGCAAGAAAAAAAAGAUUAAAGGGAAGAAAAUGGAACCGUGAAGCGUGCGAAAACCAAGCCAGCAGGUCAUAAGAAAGCAAACCUGUCUGUCAAGAAUGAGAGGGUGGUGUGAGGUAAACAAGCUUCUUACAUCAAGAUUCACACCAGAUUACAAUAACACUGUAUGUUAUUACAGCUUCAUUUAAAAACAAAUCAAAAUGGAAAAUCUAGAUUUUUUAGUCAAAAACAUAGCCUACAACUAAAUAUAGUAAAGUGAUUCUCAUAUUUCUAUAAAUUACUGGAACCUGUCCUAUGUCUACCUCCCCCAUGAUUUCACAAUUACAAAUGCAGUUUUCUUUUUUUUAAUAAAACAAAAUCCUUUAUUCCA